GACACCAAACCCUUGUUGUUUCUCUCUCUAAACUUGAGUUUUUGCAGACCCUCUACAAAAUGACUCUAAACCCAAUCCUUGUUUCUCUCUCUAGAAUUGAAUUCCUGCAAGCCCUUUAGAAGUCAUUAAGCUUUGGAGGCAAUGAACCCCUUGUCUUCUCUUUCUCUCUCUUCUCGCUCUCAACCACAUCUGCAGUUCCUUCACCUCUCAAAACUCAAACUCUAGACCCAAACCUUGCUGUUUCUCUCUCUAAAAAAGUCACCAAACCCUUGUUGUUUCUCUCUCUAAACUUGAGUUUUUGCAGACACUCUAUAAAAAGACUCUAAACCCAACCCAAUCCUUGUUUUCUCUCUAGAAUUGAAUUCCUGCAAGCCCUUUAGAACCCAUUAAGCUUUGGAGGCAAUGAACCCCUUAUGUCUUCUCUUUCUCUCUCUUCUCGCUCUCAACAACAUCUUCAGAUCCCAAGAGAACGUUGCUCAUCAACCAAGGUGGACGUAUGUACAGAGAGAAAACAAGAGAAGAACGAGGAUUGCAUUGAUAAAUAUCCCUGAAAAAUAUCACCGACAAUGGGAAAAUUUCGGCGAAAUCACGGCGAUAAAUAUCGAAAACGCCACCAAAAAAAUUUCAUGGACGGAGAUUUUCCCAGAAUGGAUCGAUGAAGAAGAAGAAAACAGGAAACCCAAGUGUCCUCAAAUUGCACCACCUGCACUCAACUCCACACUUCUAGAGAGAGAAACUCGGCAUUAUGACUUGGUGGUUGCUAAAAUUCCAUGCAAAAAUGGCGAAAAAAACUGGGCAAGAGAUGUUUUCAGGCUUCAAAUCCAUCUUAUCACUGCUAAUUUGUUGAUGAGAGGCCGGAAAAAUGGCCGGAAAGUCUCUGUUCUCUUAUUGACUGAGUGCAGGCCCAUGUUAGAGAUCUUUAGGUGCAAUGAACUAGUGGAACAAGACAGAGAAAGAUGGUUAUAUAGAGUUGAUGUCAAGAAAUUAGCAGAGAGAGUGUCGAAUUUACCAGUAGGGUCUUGUGAGUUAGCUCUAAAGCUAGAGAGAGAAACUGGAAUGGUUGCAAGUUUAGAGAGAGAAAGGGGAUAUACCAGAAAGAGGGAGGCGUAUGCAACUGUUUUGCACUCCUCUGAGGACUACGUAUGUGGAGCCAUAACUUUAGCUCAGAGCAUAAGAGCCACUGGUUCCAUUAAAGACAUGGUAGUUGUAGUUGAUAAAACCAUAUCAGGGAGCUCAAGGAAAGGAUUAACAGAAGCUGGGUGGCUCGUUUUAGAGAGAGAAAGAAUCAGAAACCCUAAAGCGAACAGUGGGUCUUAUAAUGAGUGGAAUUACACCAAGCUGAGGCUAUGGCAACUAACCCAAUAUGAGAAGUUGGUGUUUUUGGAUUCGGACUUGGUGGUCCUCAAGAAUAUCGAUUUCCUUUUUAAGCUCCCUGAGAUGUCAGCUAUAAGUAACAGUAGAACAAUCUUCAACUCUGGUCUAAUGGUGAUAGAGCCAUCACAGUGCAUGUUUAGGGUUUUGAUGAGAGAGAAAGAGAGAGUACAUUCAUAUAAUGGAGGGGACCAAGGUUUUAUCAAUGAGAUAUUUACAUGGUGGCAUAGAAUCCCUCAAAAGCUCAACUUUUUGAAGCUUUCUGGUUCAAAAAAGGGGCUUGAUUUGUAUGGAAUCCAUUACUUAGGGGUGAAGCCAUGGAAGUGCUAUAGAGACUAUGACUGCAACUGGAAUGUUAUUGAGCAGAGAGGUUUUGCAGAUGAUGGGUUUCAUGGGACAUGGUGGAAAGUGCAUGAUUCCAUGGUUCCCUCUCUUCAAAAGCAUUGCUUGCUUUCCUCCAAAGAUAAGGAAAGGCUAGAGAGAGAAAGGGUGAGAGCCAUGACCUUGGCUUUCAAUGAUGAUGGGCAUUGGAAAAUCAAUAUUACAGACUCCAGGUUGCACUUAUAGAUAUUAGUGAGAGGUAACUGGUAACCACUCUUGAAGGCAAGACGAGAGAGAGAGAGAGAGCGAGAGAGAGAGAGAGAGAGAGAAUGGCCUUGAAUUUCAAGAAGAGA